AUGAAAUUAAUUAAAUUUUAUUUUUCUAUAUUUUUUAUUUUAAAUUUUGAAAUAAAAGUAGCUUUAAGUAAAACUGAGUUAUGUAAUGAUGGAAGAACACCUUUAUCUUAUCCUUGUUUUCAACAGCAAAAAAUAUGCCAAUGGAAUACAAGUAUGGGGUGUGAACAACAUGGACUUUACCUCUUUUGCUGCCCACAUUUCAACCCAGAAACAACAAAAACAAUCUCAACAACUCAAAUUACCUCCACAACUAUUGCCUCUACUGUUUCACACUGCACAGAUAAUUAUAAACAAUGUAAAUUUUGGUCUUCACGUGGACUUUGUCAACAUGUUAAUUAUUCUGAUUGGACAAAGGCAAUGUUAUGUCCCGAAUCUUGUGGUUUGUGCUAUUUAAUUACAACCUCCUCAACAGUCGUUUCUACCACGACUGAAGAACAAUUGCUUAAUUUAAUUGAAAAUGAAGAGAUCAAAAAUAAACAAGAAAGUACCUCUACAACAGUUACUUAUUCUACAGUUAAAAAAGAAAUUAAAGACAGUAACUUUGAAAACGAAAUCCCCAUUAAAUGGGGAGAAGUAGACGAUGAAAAUGAAUAUAAAAAAAGAUUGGAUGAAACUUCAAAUACAGAAGAGAAGGAAAAAUCAAAAAAUUCUCAAGACUCCGAGAAUAUUGAAGAAGAAAAUACUACUAGUAUUACAACUUAUUUAUAUUCUACAGUGACAAAUAAAGGAAUUGAAGAAGCCCCUCCAGCUGAAAUCCUAAUUAAAUGGGGUGAAGUAGAUGAUGAAAAUGAAUAUAAAAAGAAAUUGGACAAAAAAUCUAAUACUAAUGAAAAGGAAAAAGUUAUAAACAAAAAUAUUCAAGAAAAUUAUACAAAAACAACUUUAUCUCAUUCUGAAGAAGAAAUUCAUGAAAUUUUUACUACCACAACAGAAAAACAACAAUUUAAUUUAAAUACGGAAGAGCCGGCCGAAUUGAAGGUUAAAGAAAACAAUGAAGAAACAACUCCUCUAUCAGUUCAAGAAAAUAAAGAAUUAUUAAAUAAACAAAAAAAGAAAGAAGAAAAUUUAAAAGAAUUAAAAGAAUUAAUUAAACAAAAGUCGAAAAAUGUUAAAAAAUUAAAUGAAGAAAUUGAAAAAAUGGAAGAAUUAAAAAAUAAAAAUAAAAAAACAAAAAUUUUAAAUAAAAUUGAGGAAAAAGAAGAAAAUUCUUUAGAAGAAAUUCGAGAAUUACAGAGAGAAGACAUAAAAAUAGAUAAUUUAAUUAAAAAUGAUGAAAGGAUUAAAAAGGAACAUUUAAAGGAAUUAAAAAGAAUUGUUGAACAAAAAAGAAGAAUUGUUAAUAAAUUAAUUGAAGAAAUUGAGGAAAUUGAGAAGGAAAAGAAACAAAGAACUACUUUGGGACCUUUAAUUAAUUAA